AUGUGUUCAUCUGUUUUUCUCUCUAUUCCAGUCAGUUGCUCUUUCUUUCUCUCUAUUUCAGCCUCUGUUUCCCUUUUUCCUCUGUAUGUUUCUCUCUAUUCCAGUCUGUCCAUAUCUCCAUCUUUCUCUCUCUCUCUCUCACUCUUUCUUUCUCUCUAUUUCAGCCUCUGUUUCCCCUUUUCCUCUUCUGUCUGUAUCUCCAUCUCUCUCUCUUUGUUCUUCACUCUUUCUUUCUCUCUAUUCCAGUCUAUUAAUCUCUCUCCUUCUUUCAACCUGUUUGUUCUCAUUCUCUCUAUACCAGGCUGUUCACCUGUCUCUCCCCCUCUCUCUCUCCUAAGGUGUUCGUCAGUUUUUCUCUAUUCCAGCUUGUUCUUUCUUUCCUUCUCUCUAUUCCGGCCUCUAUAUUUCCUCUCUAUUUUAGUCUGUUCAUAUCUCUCUCUCUAUUUGUCUUUGCUCGUCUUUCCCUCUCUCUCUCUCUUGCUAUUUGUUUUUGCUUGUCUCUCCUCUCUCUAUAUAUAUAUCAGUCUAUUCGUCUCUCUCUCUCUUGUGUGUUCGUCUGUCUUUCUUUCUAUUCCAACCUCUCUGUUUUUUAUUUUCUUCUUUCUUUUACUCUGUUCAUCUCUCUCUCUCUCCAUUCCAGUUUGCUCGUCUCUUCUUAUUCUCUCUAUUCCAGUCUGUUCCUGUCUUUCUCUCUAUUCCAAAUUGUUCCUUUCUCUUUCCUUCUAUUCCAGUCUCUCUGUUUCUCGUUUUCCUCUCUAUUUAGUCUGUUCACCCCCCUCCUCUCUCUCUCUCAGUCUGUACACAUUUCUCUUUCUCUUUCUUCCCCAUCCAAAUCUAUUAAGAUCAUUUUCUUCAUAUCUAUCAAUAGGGCCGCAUUUGCUUAAUCAGAACAAAAUCCAUUAG